AUAAAAUUGAAGGGUUGCUGACCCUAUCAGUGCGCUAAAUCAACUUGGGGACUCACAACGAUUUCAAACGCAAUUUAAGUUUCCAGCCGAUCUUGGCGUUAGAGAUGUAUUUCCUAGCAGCCAUCAUUUUUGCCAUAACCUCGCUGCCAUCAACAGAUGCGUUUUGCGAGCGUCUAUAUAAAAAUCCCUACUGGAGCCCUAAAAGUUUAGCACAGAGAGCUCUCGACGCAGACAUUGUUGUUUAUGGCAAAAUUGCCGAAAGUCCAUGCGUAAAACCAAUCUUCAAGUUUGUGAACACAACAAAUCUACCGACUCUCUCAACCAACGCCACAAAUUCUUCUAGCAGUGUUCAAUUGACACUUCCCAGCAACACCAGCAACAUUGAUAUGCGCAACUCCACCGAUGAAAACGCGACAGAUAUUUGUUUGAGGCGCGAGUUUUACAAUGUGACGAUGAAUGUUUCCUGUGUCAUCAAAGGAGGAGCUGUUCCUUCUGUCAUUCAUCUGCGUUCAUUCGGGUUCGGUCCAAACAAGUGCACAUACUUCACAAGAGGUUUUACUUAUUACGAAACAGUCCAGUCAUUCCAUGUGUACAAAGGACAAAACUACCUCGUCUUUCUUGGGAGGCGCAAAGGCAAUGGUGAUUCAAACAGUUUUUGGCCACGUGAAAUCAAUCUACAAUCAGCAUCCACGGAAAUUAUAGAUGAGAAGUAUCUAAAGCCUGUUUUCGCGGCAGUUGGCGGUCAUGCGCACAGCCCUGAGGGAGUGGAUGAGACUCACAGCAUUUGUGUACCGUAUAUUGGCGGUGCACCGUCACACUACAUAAAACAUUCGUUUCUAUUGAUAGUGCUUGCCUGUGGAAUUUUUUUGAUUUAGGCCGAAUAAUGUAUUGUUUCCGGCGAAAUGUGUGUUUUUCCACGGGCCACUGAAAGUUUCUGCGAAUGACUCUUUACUCUUUCUAAGCAAUCAGGGCGAGAAUAGGCAACUGUUUAUAGCAAAUUUACCAUUAAAUGCUAGUAAAAAACUUCGUUUGUUUAAGGUGCAAGAGUCCCAAAUUGACUGUUUGUGAUAAUAUGAAAAUCUUUCUCCUUUUAGCGUGACUAACAAGACCAUCCAGUGUUGCUUUUCUAGACAAGGCUGAAAUUUAAAAUUUGUCUUCCAAUCAAAAGUUUAAGACUAUUAAAAGUGACCCGUCGUAGGCAUCUAUGAAGUAGAGUCUACUUUGCAAACGCAGGGUCUAAAGUAGAAGCUAUUUUUGCCAAUUACUGCCAUAGACGUUUUGAAUAUGAAAUUUAUGAACUGUUUAUCAGAUCUCAGACAUCAAAAGUUCAUGUACG